UCAGAUGAUGUUGAGAUUGCGUAAUUCAGAAAAACUUAUCCAUUAAGCUGUUAUUUUAUUAUCUGGCGCUUGCACGGUAAUAUUCAUUCAGGAUGAUUUUAGAUACUGAUGUCCGAUAAUAGACUCAUCCAUAAAAUAGUUGAUUUAUGAAAAAGCAGUCAAGAAUGGAAGAGGAAACAGAGCAUUUAGCUGCAAUGUUGUCUAUUGUAGAUGAACAGUCACACAAAUUAACAGAAUUUUUAAACUCUGAAGAUUUGAAACCAGAUCUAUCAACAAUAUUUUCAUCUUCUCAAGAUAUAAAAACAGAAUUUUCAACAUUUUCAUCUAUGGUUGAUGCAAAACCCAACUUGGCAUUCACAGCUUCUCAAGAUGUUAAACCAUAUACUACAACAGAAUUUUCAUCUUCUAAAGACACAGAAACAGAGUUUUCAAGUUUUUCAUCUUUUGAUAAAUUUACACCCUACAAAACAUUUAUAGGCUUGCAAGAUGUUAAACCUGAUGUUACAACUGAGUUUUUAAUUUGUAAAGAUAAAAAGCCUGCUGUAUCAACAUUAUCAACAUCUGAAGAUAACAAAUCAGAAGUCACAACUUUAUCAAGUUGUAAAGAUUCAAAACCAGAAUUAUUGACAGGAUUUUUAUUUUUUGAGGAUAAAACACAAAAAAGGCUUGAACUUCAAGUUGAAGAAAAUCUCCAGUUUUCUAGAGACAAAAGAUAUCAAAUUGUUUCUAGUCACAAACACAAAAUGCUUUAUCAAAGUUCUAACUUAAAAAAACAUAAAACAGAUCAAGACGGUGAGAAGAUAAAUUUAUCAACUCACAAAAAUGUUCAGUCUGGAGAAAGGCAACAUGAAUGCGAUGUUUGUCAUAAAAGGUUUUCUCAAAGUACUAAUUUAAGAAAACAUAAAAAGGUUCAUUCAGGAGUUAAGUCACAUGAAUGUGAUGUUUGUCAUAAAAGGUUUACUCGAAGUUCUGGCUUAAGUGAUCACAAAAAUAUGCAUACAGGAGUAAAGCCAUAUGAAUGUGAUGUUUGUCAUAAAAGGUUUUCUCUAAAAUCUAAUUUAAGAGCACAUAAAAAAAUUCAUUCAGGAGAAAGGCCACAUGAAUGUGAUGUUUGUCAUGAAAGGUUUUCUCAAAGUUCUACUUUGAAAACCCAUAAAAAGGUUCAUUCAGGAGAAAGGCCACAUGAAUGUGAUGUUUGUCAUAAAAGGUUUUCUAGAAAUUCUAAUUUAAAAUCACAUAAAAAGGUUCAUUCAGGAGAAAGGCUACAUGAAUGUGAUGUUUGUCAUAAAAGGUUUUCUCAAAGUUUUAAUUUAAGAGCACAUAAAAAGGUUCAUUCAGAAGAAAAGCCACAUGAAUGUGAUGUUUGUCAUAAAAGGUUUUCUCAAAGUACUAAUUUAAGAAAACAUAAAAAGGUUCAUUCAGAAGAAAGGCCAUAUGAAUGUGAUGUUUGUAAUAAAAAGUAUUCUCAAAGUACUUAUUUAAGAAAACAUAAAAAGAUUCAUUCAGAAGAAAGGCCACAUGAAUGUGAUGUUUGUCAUAAAAGGUUUUCUCGAAGUACUUAUUUAAGCUUUCAUAAAAAGUUUCAUUCAAAAGAAAGGCCACAUGAAUGUGAUGUUUGUCAUAAAAGGUUUUCUCAAAGUACUUAUUUAAGAAUACAUAAAAAGGUUCAUUCAGAAGAAAGGCCACAUGAAUGUGAUGUAUGUCAUAAAAGGUUUUCUCUAAGUUCUACGUUAAGAAUACAUAAAAAUGUUCAUUCAGGAGAAAGGCCAUAUGAAUGUGAUGUUUGUCAUAAAAGGUUUUCUCAAAGUACUUAUUUAAGAAUACAUAAAAAGGUUCAUUCAGAAGAAAGGCCACAUGAAUGUGAUGUAUGUCAUAAAAGGUUUUCUAAAAGUACUUAUUUAAGAACACACAAAAAGGUUCAUUCAGGAGAAAGGCCACAUGAAUGUGAAGUUUGUCAUAAAAAGUUUUCUCAAGAUUCUAAUUUAAGAACACAUAAAAAAAUUCAUUCAGGAGAAAGGCCACAUGAAUGUGAUGUUUGUCAUAAAAAGUUUUCUAAAAUUACUAAUUUAUUAAGUCAUAAAAAUGUUCAUUCUGGAGAAAGGCCAUAUGAAUGCGAUGUUUGUCAUAAAAGGUUUUCUCAAAGUACUAAUUUAAGAAAACAUAAAAAGGUUCAUUCAGGAGGUAAGUCACAUGAAUGUGAUGUUUGUCUUAAAAGGUUUACUCGAAGUUCUGGCUUAAGUGAUCACAAAAAAAUGCAUACAGGAGUAAAGCCAUAUGAAUGUGAUGUUUGUCAUAAAAGGUUUUCUCUAAAAUCUAAUUUAAGAGCACAUAAAAAGCUUCAUUCAGGAGAUAAGCCACAUGAAUGUGAUGUUUGUCAUAAAAGGUUUUCUCAAAGUUCUACUUUGAAAACCCAUAAAAAGGUUCAUUCAGGAGAAAGGCCACAUGAAUGUGAUGUUUGUCAUAAAAGGUUUUCUACAAAUUCUAAUUUAAAAUCACAUAAAAAGGUUCAUUCAGGAGAAAGGCUACAUGAAUGCGAUGUUUGUCAUAAAAGGUUUUCUUGCAGUUCUAGUUUAUUAAGACAUAAAAAGGUUCAUUCAGGAGAAAGACCAUGUGACGUUUGACAUCCAAGGUUUUCUCAAAUUUCUUGUUUAUCUUCACACAAAAAAAAUUCAUUAAAGAGAGAGACCACAUGAUAGUGAUAUUUAUCACAAAAAGUUGACUCGGAAGUAUAAUGUGUUAUGAUUUUUGUGUUUUUACAGGUUAUAAGCCAUAUGGCUGUAUGAAAGAUUUUCUCAAAGUUCCUAUUUAAGUGCCCUUGAAAAGUCAUUCAAGAGACAAACCACAUUAAUCUGGUAUUUGUCAGAGAUUUUCUCAAAGUUCAUUCAGGAGAUAAGCCACAUGAAUGUUGAUGUUUGUCACAAAAGAUUUUGUCAAUUAUCUAAUUUAAAUACUCAUAAAAAUUCAUUCUAAAGGUAAUCCAGGAAAUUCAUCAUGACUAAAAACCAAUUUAAUAUCAUUUUUAACAUCAAUAAUUAAUUCUAGAGCAAAUUAUUAUUGAAUAUCUUGUUAUAAUUUUUUCUUCACAUAAUUUUAACUAGUGGUCAUCCAAUAGUGGUGCAUAGUUUAUUAAUUUUUAUAUUUGUAUUAUAAAAAGGUUCUUUUGUCAAAGAGUAUACCAUGUCAAUUAUUAUACAUACUCUAAAAAAAAUUGUAUUCUGACUGUAAAAGGAAAUAGCAUUUUAUUAUGUCAGCUGCAUGUGUACAAUUUUUUUCUUUAUGUAGCCUACUUUUUAUGGGUGUUAUCUGUAAAUGUGUAUGAUAGGAGAAGUAAGCUAUAACUUUUAGAAACCCAGGGUUUUAUUUUUAUACCCGUAUGGUUUUGUUUACAUUAUUAACAAUAACAGAAGCUAACUAAAAUAAAACACAAAGUUCAAUUCAUUUAUUUACAUUUACUAGAUGUUUACAAUAGAUGUAGGCCCUACUGUUACACAAUCCUAAUUCUUAACUUUACACAUUUACACUAUUCACAAACAGCUCCCUCAGACAUACAGGAACAUGACAGAAUAUCAGGUUGACAGGUAAAACAACCUCCAUUAGACAAGUACAAUGACAUCAGGCCAGCAGUCACAGUGGCAUCUGGCCAACAGGUACAGUGACAUCAAAACUUCUGAGCAGACAAUCUUUUUUCAUAAACACUUUUUCAUCUUUUGCUAAAUGACCUUAAUCAUAUUGAGAGGUAUAGAAUCUUAAAUCAUAUGAUCAAACUCUACUGUCUGCAAUGUAUAACUCAUACAGACCAUAUGUAAAAACUUACUGCCCCAAAAAUUUUUUUUUCCUAUAUUUGUCCUUGAGAUGUAUGUAUUGUCAUCACUAAUGCAAAUUUUAUUGUAAAUUGAAUUCAGAUUGAAAUUUAAAUGGUAAUUUAGUACCUGGAUAAAUUAAAAAUAAAUUUAAAACUUCUACUUGCAUUGUUUGACAUUAUUUUAUUCAUCCCAUUUAGGAUCCCUUCCUCCCAUCAUUUAUAUGUCUUAUGGAACUAACCUCAAGUUUAAAGUUGCUCCAACCAUUGCUAAGUCUUAUGGUCACUUCCUUACUUUUGCUAGAUGAAUGUUUUUUUAUUAAAUUAAAUGCAUUUGUAACUUGUUGUAUAGGCCUAUAGAUUUUAUCAUUCUGCACUCCUUCUCAAAUGAACUUGAUGCCAAACCUCAGACACCUCUCUACAUGCAAUGUGUUUAAAAAGAGUAUAACAUAAUUAUCUUCACAUAUUCAUAUAAUUGCUAUAGAAUUUAGAUAUUAACCACACAUAACAAUUUUAUGAAUAAACAUUUACAUUUUUUAAAACAGCAUAAAAAUUAUCAAUUUAAAGAAAAGAAAGACUUAAGCUGCAAUUGUUACAUUUUGGUAUCUUAGUUUCAACAUACCGUGAUUAUUGGUUAAUCAUUAAUUAAUUUUGUAUUGUUUACUAUUUAAAAAACAAACAUUGUAGAGCCUAAUGAAAUUUCUAAUGUAGUGAUUCAUAAGAAAUUAUAACAUGAAAAGUUUUUAAAAUAAAAUAACUAAAUUGAUUUUUUUAUUGUUAUUGUAUUUCUAUCAACACUUCCUGUUUAAAUUCCAAUGAGGUCAAUGUGUUUUGAAUGCUGGGGUAUGUUUUUCUCUCUUGUGAUGCUCCAAAGCCUGUAUGUGAAGGUCAGUGUCAGACAACUUAUGCUUGUUAGGGAAACAUUUCAAAUUUCAAACGCUUAUUUUACAAUUUUUUUUUUCAACAAGAAGUAAAAUAAAAAAUAAAUGAAUGACUAUCCUGCAGUCUUGAGUUGUUUUCUCAAAAAAAUGAUGGUUUUGUCAAAAAUUUCUAUAAACAGACUACAAAAAGUGCACAAUCCAGACUAUAACUAUUAUAUAAGUUUAUACCAUUACCAUAACAACACUUAGUUUGCUUUAUAAUAGCAUGAAAGUCCGAUGACUAGGCUACACUCUUUGAGGUUAGUUUACAGAAUAAAACAAUUUAUUACAACCAGGCCAAAUGAACACUCAACAAGGGUUUUGGGCCGGAAAAUAAAACAGGUCUGUUGACUACAAAUCAUACGCGUCAGUUUACGGCCUGUAGUUAAAUACUGUUUAAAUAUUGUUAAAACGAAUUGAUACUUAUUUUCAAAAAAAGUUAAAUGAAAAAGAACUAGAGUCUAUUUAAUAUACUUAAAAGAAGCUUAAUCAUAUUGAUCACACAUUUAAUGAAUUAUAAAUGGUUUCAAAGUGCUAAGGUAAAAACAAAGUAGUACAUAUUUUUCUUCAAGCCUAGCAACCCAUAGGGUAUAUAAAUUAUAGUUCUUAUGUUUUUUGACCUGAUCAGAUGUAGAGAUGCACUAAAUGCAUUUGUGAUGAAACAAAAAUAAUAUUAUGCAAGUUCCAACUGUAUUAUUAACAGACUAAAGAUACACAUCGUUAUUUGGGUGACACCCGAUCUAGCUAUGGUAUUGAGCCUUAGACCAAAGCACUUUAUUUAAAUUUUUACUACUUUCAAAGCUUUAAUCUUCAUGUUCUCUCAACAUGGAGACAGAAAAAAGACAGACACAUGGACAAACAUAACAACGUUUAGACUUGAACUCUUUUAACAUAGAGCAUUUUUAUCAAUUCCUAUUACAAUUUAUU